AUGGCUGACAAUGAAACUGAAAAUAGUACUUAUUCAUAUGAUUACGAUGAUGAAGAAGUGAUUAUUCCGUCAGCGAAAGUGCAAUUUUGGACAUAUCUUGUGUUUGAGAUUCCAUCACUAUUUUGUAAUCUAUAUCUUCUUUAUUAUUUAACAUUUAAUCAACGUUUGCGUAGUCAAUUACAAAAUCAUGUUAUAAUGAUUCUACUUUUUCUAUGUUUGAUUAUUCUAGUUGUUGACAAUUCAUUUUAUCUUGAUGGAUUUCGCAUAGAUCAUGGAAAUUCAUUUCCAUUUUCAAUAGAAGUAUGUCUUUUAUGGUGGUUUAUUGAUUAUGGAUUUUACGGUGCAAUAACCAUAUAUCUUACGUGGGCUUCAUUCGAAAGACAUAUUCUCGUAUUCUAUCGACGACAAUUACUUAAUACAAAACGUAAAAUAUUCUUCAUACAUUAUCUUCCUUUAAUAAUUAUUUCGUUGUAUCUAAUUGGAUUUUAUAUUGGUGUAAUUUUCUUUCCACCGUGUCAAAAUAUAUUUUAUUCUAAUGAAUUUGAAUGUGGUUCAUAUCCAUGUUAUCAAGAUAUAACAUGGUUAAAUACAUGGGAUUAUUUUGUUAAUGGAGUUUUAUGCAAUAUUUUGGAAGCACUUUUUAGUAUUGCAUUACUUCUCCGAGCAAUAUGGAGAAGAUUUAUGUCAACAAGACAUUUUCAGUGGAAAAAAUAUCGAAAAAUGAUCAUUCAGCUACUUUCAAUUUCCGCUCUGUCAUUGUCGAUAAAUCUUCCUCAAGCAUUGAUUGUUUUUUUACAAAGUCAACCAAAUAUGAGUAAUUUUGGUAGUACUAUUGAACCGUAUUUGUUUUAUUUAACUACUUAUGUCGUUUUAUUUUUACCAUUUAUUUGUUUGGGAGUUUUGCCAGAAUUAUGGCCACAGUCAUUCUUUUCUCACCGACGAUGUCGAGUUGCAGUUGUUCCCAUGACAACAGCUGCUUGUGCUUGA